GCCAGCAGGUUUAAGGUCGGCCGUCAUGAGUCUUGUCUCUAAAGUAUAUAUCGUUGCAUUUCUAUUGGCACUCGGAACGUUCUGCAACUCAAAAACUACAGAAAGCAGAAAGAUCAAGGUGAACGACUCGGACAAUGUCGAGCGUUUCGUUGCAGACGAUGUUCCAAAUAAUGGCGAGAGUGCAGAGCAAGAACAAGACAGCAUUGAGAAAAUCAUGCCUAUUUUGCCACCGAUAAUUCUUCUAGAUUUUGAUAACAGCACGAGCGAUAAUGAGACCGCCGAUGAAAAGUCGAAACGCACCGUUAACAAUAACCUUGGUUAUGGCUUCGACCGGAACUUCCUGCACGCCCCGCGGAAGUACAAUUAUUACUUUCCCGCCGGGAAAACCGGAACCACCGUGUCCAUAGAGGAAUCCAUCAGCCCGUUCCUGCCGAGGACCAUAAUUGAAAAGAUACCAUCAUCGGGCAUUCAGAAACCAGUACCCGAUUCGUACGCGGAUCUUAGAUCCCAGCAGGGAUCGUAUGAAAACCAUGACUCGACCAGAUUGAACUUCCAGAGUCCGGCAGGCUAUCAGUAUUAUAAUCCUGCGACGAUAUCUCAGCCCGUAUUCGGGCUGCGAACGAAAUUGACGAAGACGUCCGACUCUGAGCGAUAUCGAGGCUUCUCCUCAUCCGCGAGACCUCCCGUCGAAACGUACUCAAAUGUGGAUUAUCGAGACGACACCUACGCUUCUACUACACCGCGAUCUCUGGUGCUAAAUUCCGCGGAAAGGGAGACGAGUUACAUCACUCCGAGUCCGCAAACUUACACGGUCUCCAGCUCAAGUCGAUACGCUUACGUCACACCAAGUUCACCAUCAUAUGCCGAAGUUAAUUCUCAGAGAUACUUUGGACAGAGUAAUCAGCAUGCGAUAAACGUGCAAGGUUACUCGGUGCAAAGCUCGACGGAAUCCUCGACAACUAAUCCCGUCGAUACUGCUUUCCUAGAAAACAUUGACGUUCGAUCGAAAGUGAAUUCUCACGAUUACAUUCGACUUACUUCGAAUACGGAAUCUUCGACCUCUGCGUCCGACGAUGUAUCCAGCUACCCACAGAACAUCGAAUCGUUCGCUAAUUUGCCCAGAUACACAGUGGAGAAUAAUGUCAGAUAUGAAAACAAGAUAUUCUGGAAGUAUCCAGACGGUAGAGUGUCCGACAUGCCGCCCAGGACGUACGAAACUUAUUCCGAGUACUCGUCGUUGGCGGCAUUGCAGGCCGCCAGAUCCCAGGACGCGUCGAAGACCGACGAGUCCGUUUCUACGGAAAACAGAGUAUUGUCGCAAGGCCCGGUGCAAUUUCCGAUAUCGCCGGAACCCAACGGUCCCCCGACCCCGUUCAUCUCGGCCGAGUCUCUGUCUAGGCUGCCGCAGCAGCAGGUGUAUCGAUUGGGCUAUCAGAAUCUCGUGGGUCAGAAGCAGAUUGUUCCGCAGCAGACGAGGACCGGCAGCGGAGUCUCCACGUAUUCGACAACUCUUUCGCCGCUGGGGAAUUCUGUCAAGUCAAAUGGGAAGAAUCGAUACGAAACGACGAGACGACCGAUCUCGAAAUACAUGGUGAACAGUCCGAAUCCGGAGUACAUCGAUUCUUACACCACGGAGAGCGCUCCGAGGAGUACGACGCCCAGCAAAGCUUUCCUAUCAUCGACUCACAAAAAUUCAGCCAAGAAAAUUAACGCGAACGGCAAGAAUCUGGAAAAUUAUUCAAAUCUGCAAUAUGGAGACUUAUUGAAUUAUAAUCCAUCGAUCUCGCAGUACAUCAAGAAUCCCGCAUCCAUUCUCAAUGUGCGACCGACUUUUGUGCAAACCGGAAACUCUCUGAUACCCGUAAUUAUUUUAAGAGUAGACGGCGUACCACCUAUUCAACACAAUGCUACGCCAAACAUCAAUUUAAAGGCCCUUCUGCAACAAUAUCUUCUUCAAUAUGCCAGAAGUAUAGAAGAAUUGGCACGUCCGACCAAUUAUGAUUUUGGCAGUAAUCAAUUUCUAAAGGAUCAACAGCCAUUAUCCACGAGUCCACUGCGACAAUUGGUACAAUUGAUACAAAAUAGUAAUACUCAAGAUCUAGUUGGUAAUCCUACGGAAUCUUACGUCGGUAGAUCGAGUUAUGAAGCAAGCAAUUCGGAUGUCGGGAAAAGUCUCUCGAGCGUAAAAUACGGCGAACGCACAGCAAUCCGACCGAAAGUGAAGAGUGUGCAAAUCGUGGAGGAUCCGAGGUUCGAAAAUUAUAGAAUUAAAAACUGAAUAAAUGAU